CGCGCCUCCGUGCAGACGCCGCCUGCCGGGAUGGAGGCCGAGGCCCUGCCCGGCUUCUCUGCCACCUGCAAGGAUGAAGCGGAGACGCCCGCCUGCUCCACGGACUCGGACUGCAGCCCCACCACCUUCAACAGCGACCUGGACUCCCUGGCCAGCCCCCUGCUCGAGUCCGACCGCUUCUCCCUCUCCCCCUCCAGCAGCGACAGCUGGGGGGCACCCGUGGACCCCGGCUCCCCGCCCCCCCGCUCCCUCCCCGCUACCACCUCAAAGGGCCCCUCCAGGAAGCGGCCGCGGCUGGAAACGAGCACGCCCGUGCCGGCAGCCGUGAAGCAGGAGCCCGCGGCGCCCCCCACCCCGCGCCUGGCCGACCCCAGCUGCCUGCACAAGCUGCGGUACUUCCGGAGGAUGCCUGUGCACCACCUCCUGCGCGUGGCCAGGGACGAGGACGGCCGGGAGAGCUCGCUGUCCCGGCAGAGGACGAGGACGUGGCCCAUCCCGAGCCGGAAGCUGGACCUGGUGCGGACCACGAUGGAGGAGAGCUUCCCCGAGGGCACGCUGCAGUUCCUGACCGACUUCGUGACACCCCGGCACUACCCGCCCUGCAAGAUCACGACCUACCUGGUCCAGCAGAUCCUGCUGGGCCCGCACCACUGGGGGAUCCUCAAGGAUGCCUACACGCUGCUCAUGAAGAUCCAGACGCUCCAUCCAGCCAGCACCGCGACAGGCAUAGGCUGGGACUGGCCACUGCUCAGACACAUCAUGGAAGACGAGGUAGGGCCCAGCAUCCCUUCCCUCCAGGGCUUGGCUCUUGCUGGGGAGGGGAAGCAGCUGGCCGGCAGGGGGACAGGAAGAGGGUGGCUGCCUCCUGCCUCCUCGGGGCAGGGCAGGGUGGUGGGGUGCAGCCACGCUGGUGCCCUGGGCAGGCCCCCAAUCCCACUGUCCCAUCCCCCUCAGGAGAAGCCUCCCGGGCGCCUGCUGUUCCUGCAGUACGUGGUGCAGACGCUGGAGGACGAUGUCCAGCUGGGCCUGCGGCUGCAGCGCCCCUCCAUGACCAUCGCCAAGCAGGUGCUGUCCUGCGACCAGAGCUUCGGCAACAUCAACUCACAGGAGCAGCCCAUGUGGCCACCUUCAAAUCGCUCUGAGCUGUGCCCCCGCAGGGAGGUGAUCGGGUGGCUGGUGGCUGCCGUCACCGGCGUCGGAUUCUGCAGACCCCUGGAGCAGCAGAACGCAGCGCCUCCCGCCUCGGGUGCCUCCAGGCUCCAGCACAGCAGCCGCUCACCCACGCCGAGCCCCACGGAGCCGAGGGAGGACGUCCCGCCGGGGUUCCUGGCUGAGAAGGUGGUGCUACUGCUGCAGCGGCUGCUGUCCAUCGCGGUGGAGGUGGACCGCUCACCCAACUGCAGCGCCCGCAAGAUCGCCGACGCCAUCUUCCCCUCGGUGCUGAACAUCCCACUGCGGAGCCAGAGGGAAGCCUUACUCACCACCAUGGAGAGCCAGCUGCUGCGGUGCAAGUUGCUGGAGCUCCUGUUCCACCACAGCUGCGAGGUGCCCACAGCCCUGCCCCUGUCCCUGGCCAAGAUCCUGUAUUUCCUGAGCCACACUUCCCUGCUGCUUCAGUACGAGGACCAGGAAGCCACGUGGCAGAGAUGGGACGAGAUGCUGCAGCAUCUGAUCUCCCUGCUGGUGAGCUACCACAACGUGGUGCUAGAGCACCUGUGGAGCUCCCUGGGCGAGCGGAUGCAGCUGAUCACCUCUGCCCCCAGGCCCCAGCAGCAGGAAGGCGACGACAUCACCACACUGGAUGUCCAGCAGAGCAUCCAGGGCUUCUGCCAUCAGCUGCAGCAGAGCCUGGGGGCACCGCUGCCCACCUCCAUCACAGAGAAGGUGCACAUGCUCCAGGUACUGCUCCUCACUGCCAGCCGCUCCUGACAGGGCUUUGGACCCAAACGCUGCCAUGCGGCCGGAGCCCACCAUGCUGCUCCCUUCCUGGAGGGGCAGGGAAGGCACCUGAGCUCUGCCAGGCAUUGGACUCCCCCAAGCCGGCACAGCUCGGCUCUCACCAGCACUUUAUCUAUGGCUUUCAAUACAUACUGUUCCUGGUG